AUGAAUCUAGGCGGAAGAGUGAGCCCUUCUCUACUAUUCGUUUUUGUGCUUUUGGCCGUUCUUGCCGGUCGGUCCACUGCGUCUUUGGGUGACCAUCUCCCCGACUUCAAAGAAUGUGUUCAGGUCUGUAAAACCGAAAAUUGCCAGAGCGGCAAUUCGGUGCUCCCUCUGCACCACCGCCUGUUACUAUGGACCUGCCCUGCCGAAUGCGACUACACCUGCCAACAUGUCAUCACCGACAAGCGAGUGUCCCGUGAUCCACCAAUGCUGAGCCCGGUAGUCCAAUUCCAUGGCAAAUGGCCCUUCCGCAGAAUUCUGGGGAUGCAGGAGCCCUUUUCGGUGCUGUUCUCCUUCCUCAACUUCGCUGCGCAUUGGCACGGCAUGUCUCGAAUCCAGGAGACGAUUCCGGCCUGGCACUCGCUGCGCAAGUACUACAUGGCAUUUGGAUACUUUGGACUGGCUAGCUGGACCUUCAGUAUGAUCUUCCACACCCGGGACUUCCCAAUCACAGAGAAGUUUGAUUACUGGGGCGCCGGCGCCAGCGUCUUGUACGGACUGUAUCUGGCGGUUGUCCGCAUCAUGCGCCUGGACCUGGAAACUCCCCAAUACCGCCCGACCUUGCGUCGCCUGUGGACGGCGACUUGUAUCGUGCUUUACUCCCUCCACGUAUGCUAUCUUAGCUUCUGGUCCUGGGACUAUACGUACAAUAUGGCAGCCAACGUCGCGGUCGGUAUCAUUCAGAAUCUGUUGUGGACGGGCUUUAGUAUUGUCCGAUACCAGAGAUAUCUCAAGACUUGGACGGCCUGGCCUGGUAUGAUUGUUGCGUGGCUCAUUCUGGCCAUGAGCUUGGAGCUGCUCGACUUCCCCCAUGGCGUGGAUUGA